AAAAAAGAAAAAAGAAAAAAAAUCAUUAGAAAUUACUAUAACACAAACACACAUAUAUAUGGAUUCACAUACACCUUCACCACAUCCACCACCUUCCGGCGGUGGCAACAACAAAUUCCGGGCGGCAAUAAUGGCGGCAGUGGUGGCGGUGUUCGCCGGAUACCUAUUAUUGUGGGUUAUGAUGCCAACAAACGCCUUUCGAAAAACUUGGUUACCGGAGCUCAGAGCACAAACUGUCUCCACUUACUUCGGAACUACCCAAGGUGCAACUUAUCUUGUAUUCACCUUCCCAAUCCUAUUUAUUGCAGUCUUGGGCUGUGUGUAUCUCCAUUUAGGAAAAAAUUCAACAAAUAUCCACGCAGAAGGCGCAAAUGGAGGGCAUUGGUUGAGUCUGUGGAAAAGGCCAGCGACGAUCAAAGGGCUGGGAAUAGUCACUCGAAUAGAGCUUGCUUUUCUCCUCAUGUGGGAAGCGAGGCUGGAUACGGUGGCGCUCCGCCUGGGACUGGUCGGAAAUAUAGCGCUGUCAUUUCUCUUCUUCCCGGUGACACGUGGCUCAUCGAUGCUGCCACUUUUGGGGCUGACAUCAGAGGGCAGUGUCAAAUAUCAUAUAUGGCUGGGCCACAUUGUCAUGGCCCUUUUCAGUGCCCAUGGCCUGGCUUACAUCGUGUAUUGGGCCGCCACUCAAAAAUUAUCAGAGAUGCUGAAAUGGGAGAAAACAGGGAUAUCCAACGUGGCAGGAGAGUUAUCCCUGCUGGCAGGAUUAGUCCUGUGGGCUACAACAUUCCCAAGAAUAAGAAGAAAGAUGUUUGAGCUGUUCUUCUACGCUCAUCACCUAUACAUCCUAUUUGUCUUCUUCUUUGUUCUCCACGUAGGCAUAAGCUACACGUGCAUCAUGCUCCCCGGCUUCUUCCUCUUCAUGAUUGACCGACACCUCAGAUUCCUCCAGUCGAGACAAAAGGUCCGUCUUCUGUCUGCCCGACUCCUUCCUUGUCAGACGGUCGAGCUCAACUUCUCGAAAGCCAAAGGUUUGAGGUAUACUCCAACUAGCAUCAUGUUCAUGAAUGUGCCAAGCAUUUCCAAGCUGCAGUGGCACCCUUUUACCAUUAGUUCAAGCAGUAAUUUGGAGUGUGAUAAGUUGAGUGUAGUUAUCAAAGGGGAAGGGAAAUGGUCCAAUAAGCUCUAUCAAUUGCUUGCUUCACCUUCUUCCAUUGAUCGUCUGGAGGUUUCGCUUGAAGUGUUGAUAAGCGGAGGUAGCGGAAUAACUCCAUUCAUCUCCAUCAUCCGAGAGCUCAUCCACGCGAACUCGACUCUAAAGCACAAAACUCCAAAAAUCCUCCUAAUAACCGCGUUCAAGAACUCCACUGACCUAAGCUUUCUAGACCUAAUCCUUCCAAUCUCUGGCCCCACACCAAAUCCCUCAACCCUAGACUUACAAAUCGAAGCUUACGUGACAAGGGAGAAAACACAAGAAGCAACCAAAAACACCAUUCGCACGCUUUGGUUCAAGCCCAACAACUCCGACUUGCCCUUAGCCCCAGUUUUGGGUCAAAACAGCUAUCUAUGGCUUGGGGCCAUAAUAUCGUCCUCUUUCGUAAUCUACCUAACUUGUAUUGGCAUUUUGACACGUUACUAUAUAUACCCAAUCGACCGCAAUACAAACAAGAUAUAUUCUUGGUCGUCGAGAGCCGUGCUUCAUAUGUUGUUCAUAUGCAUCGGCAUUGUUAUGACUUCAACCGCGGCUUUUCUCUGGAACAAGGGCAAAAAUGGAAGGGAGAUUAAGCAGAUACAGAGUAUGGAAGGGGGGAUUAGUCCUGUGGGGUCUCCUAAUUCGUGGUUUGGUUAUAAUACAGAUAGAGAAUUGGAAAGCUUGCCUCAACAGGCAUUUUCACAAACAGUUAACGUGCAUUAUGGAGAAAAGCCGGAUAUCAAAAAGAUUCUAUUCGAGCUGAAGGAAUCAAGUGUUGGGGUUCUCGUUUGUGGGCCUCGGAGUUUGAGGCAUGAAGCUGCGAAAAUAUGUUCAUCUGGCUUGGCCAAUAAUCUGCAUUUUGAGUCCAUCAGCUUCAGAGAGGAAGAAAAAGAAUUCAAGAGCACAACAAUGGCUUCCUCUGGAAUCAUCACUAUUGCCAGAGGAGCAAUUUUGGUGGUGGCCCUUAUUGUUUUUCUUGGUAAUAUAAUGAUGUGGAUUAUUAUGCCAACUGAUACUUAUUACAAUCACUGGUUGAUCCACAUUCUUGCUCAUACAAACUCCACUUUCUUUGGAAUACAAGGUUCAACAAUGCUGAAUUUCACAUUUCCCAUUUUGUUCAUUGCUGUCUUGGGGUGUUUAUAUCUGCAUUUGGGAAAGAGAAUGACUGGUGGUGUCACAGUAAGUGCAUGUUUUGAUAGCAAUAGCAAAAGGGACACUAAACUAAGGUUCUUGAAGAGGCCGAUGGUCGUGAAGGGGCUCGGUAUCGUCACCAUAAUCGAGCUCACACUAUUCACUUUGUUCGUCGCUCUUUGUGCUUGGUAUAUUGCGAUUAUUAAAUGGGAUGACCAUUAUGUAUCAAACAUAGCUGGGGAAAUCUCUCUACUAUGUGGAUUGGCCUUGUGGGUGACAACUUACCCUAACAUAAGAAGGAAAAUGUUUGAGUUGUUUUUCUACACACACUAUCUCUACAUUGGCUUCAUCAUCUUCUUUAUACUGCACAUUGGAAUUGGCUUCGCCUGCAUUAUGCUCCCUGGUUUUUAUCUCUUUGUCAUCGACCGAUACCUUAGGUUCUUACAAUCAAGGCAAAAUGUCCGUCUGAUUUCUGCUCGAGUUUUGCCAUGCCAAACUAUUGAGCUCAAUUUCGCCAAGAGUCGAGGUGUAAUAUACAAUCCCACAAGUACCAUUUUUGUAAACGUGCCCAUAAUUUCCAAGCUGCAAUGGCACCCUUUCACUAUAACUUCAAACAGCAGCUUAGAAUCGGAGAAUCUUAGUGUGCUUAUCAAAUGUGAGGGCAGUUGGACUAAGAAUUUAUACGACAAGAUUUCAUCUUCUUCCUCCAUUGACCAUCUUCAAGUCUCGGUUGAAGGACCGUACGGACCCGCCUCGACAAGUUUUCUCAGGUAUAAUAUGUUGGUGAUGAUCAGUGGAGGAAGUGGAAUAGCCCCAUUCAUUUCCAUUAUUAGAGAGCUAAUAUUCAUGAGCUCAAGUACUCAAAAUUGCAAAAUCCCCAAUAUGAUUCUCAUUAGUGUGUUCAAAAACACCUCACACCUCUCCAUGCUAGACCUCAUACCCCCGAUUUCUCACACAAUGUACUCUUGCAACUUGGGCCUACGAAUCGAGGCCCACGUGACAAGAGAGAAGGCCCAGCCCACAGACAAACCACACCCCAUCCGAACCAUGCAGUUCAAGCCGAGCCCAUCUGACGCCCCUAUCUUCCAGGCACUGGGCCCCAACAGCUGGCUAUGGCUGGCCACGAUUAUAUUGUCGUCUUUCGUCAUUUUUCUCGUGUUUCUAGGGAUUUUCACGCAAUACGUGGUGUACCCUGUUGACAAAAACACCUACUUUUCGUACUCUUAUGCUAAGAAGAAUUUGAUGAACAUUUUCUUGAUAUGCGGCUCCAUAGUGGUGGCUGCAAGUGGUGUGUUCAUGUGGAAUAAGAGGCAGAAUGCAAAGGAGGACAUGGAAAAAAGUGGAAACACAUUUGGGUCAAUGGAUGGUGUGGAAUUAGAGAGCUUUCCCCUGCAGUCAGUUGUGAAGUCCAUCGACGUGCAUUAUGGUCGAAGGCCCGAUUUAAAGAGGAUUCUAAUGGGGAUCCAAGAGUCAAAUGUUGGAGUACUUGUUAGUGGGCCUAAGGAGAUGAGACAUGAUGUUGCGGGGGUAGUGGGCCGGGCCUGCGGGUAUAACAACUUGUGCAGCCUCGAGAAUUGGGGGCCCGUCUGCCGCUGCCCGUGGCAAGUGAACCGCGAAAUCUCUGAAUUGGACGAGAGGCCGGAAUUUUCAGGGAAUAGCUGUACUCAUGGCGGCCCGGGUGAUGACGAGCUGGUAGAGAUUUCGGAUGUCGACUGGCCGAAAAAUGACCGAACAUAUAAAUCCGAGCACCGUGCGCGAGUGCAGAGAUGCUUGAGCCCGAGCUGCUGGAAAAAGCGGAUGCCUUUGUCUAAUGGGAAACUCGACACAGGAUUGGGUUCUGUUGCAUUUCUCGAAGUUAGAAAGGGUUGG